AGAUAGUUGACUGAUUAGUUACUUUAUAUAUUUAUGAAACAUGAAAAAGUGAGAUGAAAAAAUGUUAAUGAUCAUAAUAUAAACUAUUAUAAAUGCAUCUUGUUGAAAUACUACCCUAAUGUGUGUACUUGCGCAGACCCACCCAACAUCACAAGCCUGGACUGUGGAUGGACAGGAGGUAAACGGCAAUUACUUUAUCAAUAAUAGUCAGGAGGUUAAUGUGUCCUGCUACUUUGAGAAGGGGAAUCCACCAGCUGUUUUCCGUCUGCUACUUAAAAACGGAACUGAACUGAUAUCGUCACAUGAUGAAGAACACCUUCAUCACAUACUUACUGCCGAGUGUGAAGAUGACUGGCCGAUGGUCAGAUGUGAAGGAAACGGGACGCAAGAGAACAAAUCCGUGAUAUUCCUCGUCAGGUGCCCUCCGCAGUUUGUUGACGUCUCGACGCAAAUCUACACUACAUAUGCUCGUGAUAUCAUAGAACUUCCAGUCAAGGCUCACACAACAUUAUUAACUGCAUGUUUCUUGACAGCAGUGUCCUCACAAGACAUCACCAAAAGAAACAUGAGAUGUACCCUACAUGGCAAACCUCCUGAUCUAAAGCUACAUCUUCACCCAGACACUGAAGCCAUCACCCAAGGAAACUGGACCCUAACUCUUCGCAAUGAAAUAGGAUCAACUACCACAACAAUCCGUGUUUUGGGAAGUUUAAGUAAGCAUACAUGGAAGCUGAGAAAUUCUACAGCAUCCCCUCCAAAAGCAGCAUUACCAACAAACGUAACCACUGCGCUUAUGUGUGGCUUUGUGGUGACUUUCGUUACUAUCGUCGUUGUCAGCAUAAUUGUUGUUAGAAAUGUGAAAAGGCAGAGACAUGAAGUGGCAGGAAUGAAAAGUACGAGCGGAAAUCUUCAAGGAAAUUCUUCAACUAUGAUCGUGAAUGACCUGAUCGAGGCAAGCGGAGAAGCUGACAGCAACAACAUCGUUGACCGUAGUCCCGUUCCACCGACCUCAUCGGAAGUUCCACCCCGCCCUCUUCGCUCACGUCUACCUACUGGAGACACGCAGUCAGAUGCUCGUAAUUCAUCGUCUGAAACAUCCGAAAAUGUUUACGUCUCUGCACGUAAAGUCCGAGAGAAGAAACAAAUACAGAAAAAAGACCGAGAGACCUAUGUUGCUGAAUCCAGUCACACAGCUACUAAUGCAGCUGAAACGAGCCCACACCCAGAUCCAGAGAAAAAGCCCCCCUGUAACAGAAAUGCUGACGGAUUGAUCUACGGAGACCUAAUUUUCACAAACACGAAAUUGUCCAAAGUCAUCAUCGGAACUGAAGAAAAAACAGAGUACACUGAAAUCCAAGUCACCUCCCCGAGACUACAGACUGCCGGCAACAAGAAAAUUGAAGCUCGGAACAACGAUUGAUAGAUGCAACGGGUCGACAUAAGAAUGACUGGGGAAAACUUUCCAGAGAAAGUGGUUCACUGCAUCAAGUAUACUGCUUUGGGGAGAGUGAUGUCUCUUCGCCUAACCGGCUAGAGGGUGAUCCCUCCUUUUCGCCACUUUGUCGUCUUUGCCGGUUUCUUCUAUAUAAUUUUAUGUCACUACGUAUUUUUUGACUAUAAUAUUGUACGUGUACUGCUAUCACACCAUUAAACAUGACACUAAAGGAAAUGAACUAAAAUUAAUCAUUUUUAAUAUAUCUGCUCAAUUUGUAUUAUUUUUUUAGUAGUAUACCAUAUCUUAUCUAUAAUGUAGCAUGACCAUUCUUGAGAAAGAAGAGUAAUUUUAGUUUGCUAUUGUUUACGUUCAUUAUUCGUUUACUACAAAUUUUAUUUUUAAUUUCCUUUUUAUAUUGUGUUUUGACCCACUGUCAUAUUUAACAAAAAUUCGCGUUAUUUUUUGUCUAUAUGGUUAAACUCUUGAAUAAUUUCGAGCACUUAAAACCAUGUCGAUCAUUGCUUUUAAUUCCAGUUACUAACGCGACACUCUUGAACAUGGUGAGACACACGAAAUACAUUUAAUACAGUUCCGCAUCUUUCCUCUAUAUCAAAUCUCUCACACUUUCCUGUUUUUGGUUUCGCUUUGCAAUGACUCAUUUCUUUGUUCCUUGGCCUUUCUCGAACCACUCUUAAAAUGACCAUCAAUUUAUAUAGAAAACCGGUUAAAAUGCAUAAAGUUCUAGUUUAAACAGACGGCUUUUGACCAUCUUUCUAUUUCUAUAUGUAUGCGUUAUCUUCUCAUUACACAAUAAUAAAACGUGUAUUAAAUGUA